UCCUUGUUUCCGUCCAAACUCUUGACCAGAAGUGGCAAACUGUUGAAACUGUUGGACAUCUCCAGUUUGGGAGGUCUUGUUAACAGUAACUCUUUAUCGGCAUUCAAUUCAAAAGUGAAACCAAGAGUAGUCUCGGCUGAAGAUAAUGAGGAGACGUGUGAGUCGAUGGUUGUGUCCAACCCUGCGGUCACUGCCAUCGAAAUGAACGGAAGACAGAGAGAGCGUAAUACCAGUGUUAGUGAGAACUCUAUGGUCUUAAGGCAAUCAUUUUUCUCUCCACAAACAGCCGGUCCUAUCGCUGAGACAGAAGACAAGACAAGAGAUUCAUUGAUCUCUAACAAUGAGGUGCCGCCAACUUAUGAAGAGGCCAAACAUUUGCCAUCCAAUUCAUAACACCGAUCAUAUUUUUACUCUGAAGUGACUAUUUUUCAAAUAAUCUAUAAGUAAUUGCCUUUUUGUGGUAAUAAUGUUUUCUUACAUUCAUAACUGGGGGAUUAUUUGCAACAACAUAC